CAUCUCCUGAAUGGAGAACUCACUUGUGUAACAUUGUGAAAUAAACAAAUAAACAAAGAACCAUCUACUUCAUUUUUCUUCCCACUGCUGUUGACAGAAAUCUAGAAAAGCAGAUUAUUCAGUAAAUGUGGCGCUCAUUGGAAGCCUGGAUCCUAACCUCUAAGCCAACCCUGAAUACAUCUGAUUUGUUUAAACCAGUCAAACACAUGCAAAGUCGUGCCCUCGGGUGAUUUCAGUGACAUUUAGUGCAGAAACAGCCACAGAAAACAUCCUCACCUUCAGCUGCACACCACUGACCAUGGAGAGAACCGUCCUCUUUGUUUUUCUUUACGUUGCUGCUGAGGCAGGUAUAGGAAAACACGUUUACGUCCCGAAGAGUCUGAAAUGGCGUGAAGCUCAGGCCUACUGUCGAGAAAAUCACACCGACCUUUCUCAUUUGAACAGCCAGAGUGACAUAGACAAGCUCCGAAAAGCUGCAGGUGGAAAGAUUCAUAAAGGAUGGAUCGGCCUCCAGCGAGAUCCAGACAACCGUUCUGCUUGGACGUGGUCUGGAGGAGAUCACAUUACGUUCCAGAACUGGCACGAUGGACAACCGAGAAACAGGAAGAACGAGGACGUUGGAUCCAUCGGUCGUGAUGGGACAUGGUUUGAUAGUUUUUACACAUCGUCUGUCCAUUUCUACUGUGUCGAUGUGGACGUGGAGGAGGAGAAGACGUCCUGGGAGGACGCUCUGAGUCGCUGCAGAGAGAACCAAACCGAUCUAAGCAGUCUGCUCUCUGAGACCGACCGGCUUCUGGUCCAGACUGAGAUCCAGAACAGGAACAUCACUGAGCGGCUGUGGAUCGGCCUGCGCUUCCUGGGCGACCGCUGGAUGUGGGUGAACGGGGACCCUCUGGAAUACGAGGCCUGGUCCCAACAAGGAGGUCAGGACCACCAGUGUCCGAUCAGGAGACGCUGUGGAGCUUUAACCAGAGACGGACUGUGGGAGAACCGGGACUGUCAGGACAAACUCAGCUUCAUCUGCGCCUGACAGGUUCUGUAGAGAUGCCAGGA